AAGGAGAGCUCUUGUUCUAACACCAUCCUUCAGAUUCCCAACUGUCUGAUUUAUUCUAUUUGAACAAGGGAGAAGAAUCAUGGACUACUACGGGAAGUAUGCAGCUGUCACUUUGGCCAUUUUGUCUGUAUUUCUGCAUCUUCUUCAUUCUUUCCCAGAUGGAGAGUUCCUCAUGCAGGGUUGUCCAGAGUGCAAGCUAGGGGAGAACAGAUUCUUCUCAAAACCAGGAGCACCCAUUUACCAGUGCACUGGAUGUUGUUUCUCCCGGGCCUAUCCCACUCCAAUGAGGUCAAAGAAGACAAUGCUGGUCCCGAAGAACAUCACGUCAGAAGCGACGUGCUGCGUAGCGAAGGCCUUUACCAAGAUUACGCUUAAGGACAACGUGAAGAUAGAGAACCAUACGGAUUGUCAUUGCAGUACUUGCUACUAUCAUAAAUCCUAAAGCUGGUCUCUUUGUUAGUGAUCAAGGAUAAUGGUGAAUGGAAUAUUUGUUUUUCAGCGUCUAUAGCACUACUACAACUUUAUGUUUUCUGGUCAAGACAUUGAGUAGAUGUUCCAGUAAGAUGGAUGGCUGUUUUGUUUUCUCUUUGCUUCUUCAUGCAUUUAAGUAAGCUUAAUUAUUUCCAUUAGAGAUAAAAUACAGUACGUGCAUGGCAACCAAAGGCUUGAUCUAUUUUUAAAAUAAACUGUCAGUUAAGUCAUCAAAGUUUCUUGAGGAAAAAUGAUGAUUUAAUAGCUUAAAACAAAAAGAAAAGAUUAUGCUGGAUUUAA